AGUAAACUACUAAAUAUAGCCAUGACCGGUUAUACACGCUCAUUUGUACCAAAUGACGUCAACAUACUUCUACGAUAUAUAGGCCUACAACUUUGGUGAAAAACAAACCACAGAAGAAUAUAAUUUGGCUAAUAAAUCAAGAGAUCAACGGACAAUGGAACACCAGGACGAUAAACAAUUCUCCGUUUAUGAUCUUCAAGUGGAGAUAGCUACCGAAGCAGUUCCUUCUCUUGGCGGCGGAGUUCCUUGUGAUAAAAAUCCUGGCCAUCACAACUUUAUUCCGUAUGAUGAGUUUGAACUCAAUCAUAUACCAGAACACUACAGAACGGAAAAAUUGUACAGAUACCUUAAGGACAUUGGGAACAGCGUUGUGAGAUUAACGGUGACAUGUGAAGAUGGGUCAAUGCGAUUUGGUUCUGGAAUUGUGAUGAAAUACCGAGGAAAACUUUAUAUAUACACCAAUAAUCACGUUGUAGAGACAGAUCAACAGGCUAAAAACUGUCUGGUUGAAUUUUAUUAUGACAGUGAAGACUCAUUUCCCAUCCAAACCAAGGCAAGUGGCCUUAUGCACACAUUUGCAGAAACAGAUAAAUCAAUGCUUAUUCUUCAGAAAAUACCUUCAGGUUUUCAGCAUGAUUUUAUGCCAGAUUCAGGACGGUGCAGAGCUGUAAUUAAAACUAAAAAGAAUGACGGGACUGAGACUUCCGUUCGUGGCUUAGCCUGCGUUCAUAAUAAUCAUUUUUCAAUCGUGUUGAGGCAAUCUUCUGAAAUAACUUGGACGGAGGAGUUGGUGAAAGGGGCUUCGAUCUAUUUUAGAGAAUUUGAUGAUGGAGAACGACUUUAUGCAAAAUGUUCAUCCAUUUUAGAAGCAGACACAGACAGGGUCUAUUUAACUCUUGAUCCAGUACCUGAUAUGGUCAAAGCCGAGCUGGAAAAAGAACAACAUUUUUGGAACUUUGAUGAACAGAAGUUGGCGUUGCCAAUCGCGAUCACACAUCCACAUGGCGGACCAAAAAUGGUGACGAUUGGACAAAAAAUCGUUGUAGAAAAAAAGGAAGACGAAGGUGUUGUCUUACAACAUUCUGCUCCAACCUGUGGUGGCUCGAGUGGUGGUGCCGUUAUAGCUGUCGGCGAAGACAACCGAGUUCGUGGUCUUUAUGCUUAUUCUUAUUUACAUUGUAAAGGCAAGAAAGUGACCAAAACUGUACCUGACCCGAAGACAGAUUCAGACAAUUACAAUACAUCGUCUUUGUCAAUAUGGUUAUAACUAUGACAAUAAUGUAAUUCAAUCUACGAAUCUCAAGAAAUAUUAGUCGUCCCUUUUUGAGAUCCGAAUAUUGGCCAUGAAGCAAAGGCUUUUUGUUUUAUCUUAUGUUAUUUGUAUAUGGACAUGCACAUUGAAUUCUCUGCCCAAGCUUUAUCAAGUUCUAUAAAGAUGAUGAAUUUAUUGGAGUUUUAAAAACUUCAACCAAUCAUUGUGUACAGACUAAACACCAGAAAGUGUCAUCGCUUCAUCCUAAACCAAACAGAUUAUUUUUUUUGAACAAGAGAUAGCAUUAGCUUUCCCCAAAUCCCUAUCGGCCAUGAGAAAAAUAAUUCGCUUGAAUAUGGACAAAAAACGUGACAGUUGUUGUUCAAUUCGUAAAUCAGUGCAAUAACAUUAUGUCUAAAAUGACAAAUAUAUAUAAAUAAAAUCAAAGAUGUCUGUGUGUAUGGGUGAGUGUGUUCCCACUAUGGUAUCAAAUUAACCAGCAUAAAAGUUACAAAAGUAUAAAAUAAAUCUCCACAUUCCGUUUUUAGCUGAUUCUCUGUUCUUUUUUUUAAAACAACAGCCAGGAAACUGAACUAUCAAAUUUAUAAAAUAUAUAUAAGCUGCUAGAAAGGGUACUCUGUUCUUCAAGAUGUUUAUAAAGUUUCAGUGAAACUGUUAUUUGUGACACCAAAUUUCAGUAGGGUUUACCUGCAGGACAAGCUGUUAUUUGUGACAAGAUGUUUAUAAAAUGUCCGUGAAACUGUUUUUGUGACACCGAAUUUCAAUAGGGUUUAUUUGCAGGAUAACCUGAACAGUUCUAGAAUGCUACCCCUGAAAUAUAUGGGCUAUCUCCAGGAGAGCCGACAAUCCAACAUGACGGCCAAAAAUGUUCUGAAAUUAACCGUGACAAACAUAAUUGGCGAAAUCACCGCCGUGUAAUAUAUCAUUUUAUUUUAUGAUCAGUAGUUGAAUACCGCGUUUUAUCAGUGAAAUAAAAGUGUUAUUCCACUGGCUA